UCCGUGCCCGCCACCUGGAACGGCUUCGGCUACCUCUUCAACAUCACCGUCGGCACCCCGCCGCAGAACCUGACCGUGCUGAGCGACUGGGCGUGGGUCACGCUGUUCACGCGCAGCGCCCGCUGCGAGGGGCGCUACGACCCGGCGCACUGCGUCGCCGAAGGCCAGAGCUACUUCGAUGAGCGCGCGUCGACGACCUACAGCAACCGAACCGCGCUCCCGCGCCUCCGGUGGGACACGAGCCUCUACUCGCCCGACUUCACCGUCGACUACGCCACCGACACAGUGUGCAUCAACAGUCCCGACAACACCUCCAGCCUCUGCACCGGCCCGGCCACCACCAUCCAAGUCUCCGACUUCCCCUUCGCAGGCCACUACGUGCCGCCCGUCCCGUUCGGGGGCAUUUUCGGCCUGGCGCCGGUCAUCCCCGGCCUGAACGCGACCUACCACCCGACGCACUACCAAGCCUGGCAGCAGGGCCGCACCGGCGCGCAGAUCGGCUUCAACAGCUGCGCCAAGCUCUCCUCCCGGGGAUUCUGCCACGGGGGCGACGCCCAGUUCGUGUUCGGGGGCACCGACACCACGCUGUACGACGCCGACCAAGUCAUCUGGUACCCCAUCGUGACGCCGCCGUGGCUGGGUGACGAGAUGUUCCUGCCGAUCAAGCCGUCGAUCUGGAACUUCUGGGCCGCGCCGUGGACCGGCGGGUGGAUCGCCGAGACGUUCCCGGACGGGCGCACGCGCUGGUCGCCGAACUACGCGUCUCCCGCCGCGGGGGUGAACGAGGAAUUGGUCACCCCGCUGGCGGUGCUGGAUGACGGGUCCGAGGGGCUGGGGGUCCCCGUCACGGCGAACCAGUACGCCGAGCUGGUGCGGCUGGUCCGGGGUCGGAAGGCGGAUGCGGCGACGCGGGCGGCGAUCGCGGCGCAGUGGACCUCGAGCACGACGGGCAUGGCCACGCAGGACUGGUUUGUGGUCGACUGCGCGGCGGAGGGGUUCCCCGAGCUGGUGUAUGAGCUCGAUCGUCGCGGGAAUUACUCGGUCGCGCCCGAGGACUACGUCCAGGUGAUCUACGCCACCGGGCAGUGUUAUCUCAAUGCGCAUGUGUGGGAGCAUAGUCGCACCGAGACUGGGGAUGCGACCGUGAUUUCGCUCGGCGAUGGGAUUCUGAAGGGGUUGUAUGUUGUGCUGGACUUUGAGAGGAAUAUGUUCGGGUUGGCGCCGUUGAAGAGG